AUGGAAAAGUUUCAUUUCAGUGCUAUGUUGUGGUUAACAUUUAUUGAAACAUCCACGGCACUACGUUUUUAUUGUGAAGUAAACAAUAUGUGUAAGAUAUGGAACUGGAAUCCACGUGUCGAAGGAACGUUUGUUUUGCAUCACAUCCCGAACACACACGGAACGGUGGAACUGUACAAUCUGUUGAUAUCGUCGACUUCCAGCGAGCUGUUCGAGAUCUUCGAAACUUCACGGCAACACAUGGAAACAUCACUCACCGUGAAAAUGUCCGCUAUUCACAGCUUUGUGUUGAAGUAUGGUGCAACGCUCAAAUCAGUGGAGUUCGAAAACACAUACCUCAGCUCGAUACAGUUUGGAAAGAAUUGUAGCGUAAUGAAGUUGAAGAUCAAGCGCAGCAAACUCUCCCAUUUCCCCAAUACCAUGCAGGAACUGAAAGAUCUGCACAGCCUCACAAUAAGUUAUUCGCUUAUUCAAGCUGUCAAUUUAAAUAUCCUUGCCGAGUUACCAAGGUUGGAGAUGUUAGAUCUGGCUAGAAACAGAAUACACUCUUUAUACUGUGCGGUUGAGAAGUCGUUGACAUCGAUGCUGAAUACUGUGUACUUAGAGCAAAACAGACUAAGAAGCAUCAACAUGAACUUGUUCAACGGAAUGAAGUCUCUGGAAAAGAUCGAUCUAUCACACAAUCUCAUCAGUGUAGUCUCAGGCUCAUUAGUGUCUAGUGGUUUGUAUUUUCUCGAUCUAUCUUUUAAUAGGUUACUUAAACUGGACUGCUGUAAGUGGAUUGUUCCAAACUUGUACAAUCUACUAAUCAGUGACAAUCUUUUCCACUCGCUGCCAAGGUGUAUAGAGAAAGCGCUCAUCAAUGUGUCGUUUGUAGAUUUGCAGAAUAACCAACUCCAUCCGGAUGAAUUAUUUCGAAUCGGAAAGCUCGUUAAUCUGCAAUUUUUAACAUUAGACAACAACAGACUAACGCACGCCAUUUUGAAUAAAAGUACUAUUCCAAUAAAGAUGAAACAUUUGAGUUUGCGUAAAAACAAACUUAAACAUUUAGAAAUACCAUACGUUGCCAAUAAGGAUAUUUGUAUCGAUGUUGCAUCAAACUGCAUCAGCAGUAUAGAUUGGAACAAAGUUUCAACAAACCUGACAAAGCUGAAAAUGGAAGGAAAUCCGUUGGAUUGCAGUCUUACAUCUAGUGUUAAAAUUAGGUCAAAUUUUUUGUGUAUAAAAAACAAAACGAACGAUUGUGAUGUACAUAUUAGAUAA